GUGGCAUAGAUUUCCGGCUUCUCCGCAUCUUCUGAUUGGCCGACUGCAUGUCCCUUGCGAGGAUAAAAGAUUCAACUGUCGACAUUCAUUCCAACCCUUUUCCUUCUUCUCAUUAUAUCUUCAUCUUUCUUAAUUCAUUGAAAUGGCAGAUCCCUUUUUCCGUCCGUUUCCUCCCUCGUCGAGUCGACCCUCGCGCCGCGGCAGCAGCGACAUCCCACCCCGCACUCACAAAACCAGCGCCUGCACAACCUGCAAACACAGGAAACUCAAGUGUCGAGGAGGCCCACCAUGCGAACACUGCGUGGCGAACGGGUUAAACUGCGUCGUCGACUCGAUGAGCGACAUGCGCCGCCACGACGCCGUCAAACGCAAAGUCGACCGGCUGGAGAAUUCAGAAGAUCUCCUGCAGCAGCUGAUCCAGGUGCUGCGAUGCUCAGACAGCGACCGCAUCGACCAGCUGCUCGAGCUGAUCCGCGACAAUGCGUCAAUGGAGCAGAUCCAGGCGUUUCUGGAACAAAAAUUCACCGCCGAAGAGCUGGAAAAGACGCCCGAACUGGCGGACCUGCAGCAGCAGCUCGCGGAGAGCUCGGUGCCUAUGCGACGGCGCGUGCUGGACGUCCGACAACUCGUCGAUAUCCCCGUUGUGCGCGUCCCGGCGAAACCCUGGACGACUGUGACUGACGACGACGAUCUCGUUUCGCAUCUGGUCUCGCUGUGGUUGACGUGGACGCAGCCAUGGCUGAAUUGGUUGGAUCGGGGGGUGUUUUUGGCCGCGAUGCAGGCCGGCCAGUUGGAGACGGAGUUCUGCUCGCCGUUUCUGGUGAAUGCGAUUCUCGCAGAGGCUUGUUUUUAUUCGGAUUACGCAGAGGUGUUUACUGUGGCUGGCGAUCUCAUGACGCGAGGCGCGCAUUUCUCGGAAGAAGCAAGACGACUGUUUGAGCAGGAAGAAGGGCCGGCGACGCUUGCGACCGUUCAGGGAUUGGGAUAUCUGUUUGUGCAACUGUCGUUGAUGGGCAAGGAGCGACUAGGCUGCAUGUACUUCAAAAUGGCCGUCAAGGCAGCCGAAGAAUACGAUGCUGCCCAUCCAGCUCGCAACGAUGGCUCCGUCGAGCAAAACGCCAUCAACCACGCGCUGUGGGGGAUAUUCAAUGUUUCAUCACUCACGAGUGUGGCCGUGAUGAAAUACGUUCCGAUGACUCGUCCCCGUCGUCCUCGGCCAUGGGAUACGCACGAUUCGCCCGGCGAUGUCUGGUCGCCGUAUCCACGCCAUGAAGAUCCUAUAGCCGGACACAUCCUCUGUGCCAUGGCCCGGUGGACGGACGUCUGCUGCAUUGCCAACGAGAUCGGUCGUGUGUUUUUUGACUCGGAGAAUAAACCCCCUGGAGACCAGAUGUCGUCUCUGGUGGAUCAUUUCCAUCGACAGCUGCAAGAGUGGCAGAGGAAUCUGCCAGCCUGUUUCGAUGUUGAAACUGCCACUGUCCCUCACAUCCUCGCCAUCCACAUGUUCUGCCACACCAUCAUCCUGCAACUCCUCAGCCUGAUCCGCCACGAUGACACCCUCCCUCCCAGCACUAUCAACGACGCCAAAUCCACCUCCCUCUGGACCGCCCGCCACGUCGCCUCUCUCAUCACCAUCCACCGCCAACGCUGGGGCAUCGACCGCAUGGGCACCUCCACCUCCCACUGGGUCAUCGUCAGCCUCUUCGCCCUCCUCGAAGCCCUCGACACCCAAGAAAACCGCACUGCAUUCAUCACCCUCUGCACCGUCGCCCGCUCCUUCGCCCACCGCUACCCCUUCGGCGCCGGCCUCCUCCGCAUGAUCCAGCUCAACGCGGCCCAAUCCCACAUCACCCUCCCCGAAGAAACCGACGCGCUCUUCGCCGACUUCGAAGAGGAAACACGGGGCCGCACCGACCCAGCCCAGUUCAGCAGUCUGUAUCCGAAUUUUGGGGCCGCGGUGCGCCCAGACCAGGCUAGCGAUACAGAGACAGAUCAGUUUCUCGAGAGAUAAGAUAGUUAUACUACGUAUCGGAAGCUUUUAUUGCGUCCGUCUGUCUCGUCGACGGCGAGGAUUCGGUCGUCCACGCCGAGGCGCACGGCCCGACUUGCUUCGGGGUCGAUGGAUACGCCCUGAGUCUUGUCUCGACGGUGAUUCUCCCAUUGUAGAUAGACCCGGAAGAUAGCCGCCAUGGCUAUCGUGACG